GGGCGUGGAGUCCUGGGCGGAAGAGGCGGUGGCUGGGGGCGGUGCGGGCGGAGCCGUCGUACGCAGUGGGCCGCACCCUGGACUUCGGUCCCCCGCCGUUGUAGGGGUUGACGGCCGGCAAGCGUGGCGGGUGUCGAAGGCGCUCGGGUUCCCGACCGGUCCGGUCUCAGCCGUCCUCGCCGCGCGCACCGAGCGCCAUGGCCCAGCCGCCGCCCGACGUUAGCGAGGACGAGUGUCUCCCUGAGUACCGCCAUCACUUCUGCCCCGACCUGCUGCAGGACAAAGUGGCCUUCAUCACAGGUGGUGGCUCUGGGAUCGGGUUCCGGAUUGCUGAGAUUUUUAUGCGGCAUGGUUGCCACACGGUCAUCGCCAGCAGAAGCCUUCCAAGAGUGUCAAAGGCUGCCAGAAAGCUGGCUGCUGCCACCGGCCAGCGGUGCCUCCCUUUAUCUCUGGACGUUCGGGCUCUCCCUGCCAUCACAGCUGCUGUGGACCAGGCACUGAGGGAGUUCGGGAAGAUCGACAUUCUUGUCAACUGUGCAGCUGGAAACUUCCUGUGCCCUGCCAGUGCGUUGUCCUUCAACGCCUUCAAGACCGUGAUGGACAUCGACACCUUGGGCACCUUCAAUGCAUCUCGUGUGCUUUAUGAGAAGUUCUUCAGGGACCAUGGAGGGGUGAUCGUGAAUAUCACUGCGACACUGGGGAUCCGGGGGCAGGUGCUUCAAGUGCAUGCCGGCUCGGCCAAGGCAGCUGUGGAUGCAAUGACACGGCACUUGGCUGUGGAGUGGGGUCCCCAGAACAUCCGUGUCAACAGCCUCGCCCCUGGCCCCAUCAGUGGCACAGAGGGCUUUCGGCGGCUGGUCGGCUCCCAGGCCAGUGUCAGCACAAAGACUCUGGCCAUCCCCCUGCAGAGGCUGGGCAACAAGACCGAAGUCGCCCACGGUGCACUGUUCCUGGCCAGCCCUUUGGCAUCCUACGUGACGGGCGCCGUGCUGGUGGUUGACGGCGGGGCGUGGCUGACAUUCCCCAACGACCUCAAGUUGCUGGCAGAUUUCGCGUCCUUCUCUGCUAAGCUCUAGGCCCUGGAUGUCUGAAGCAAAGGAAGUGUUCUGAAGGAAAGCUGGUCCACCGUCUCCCGAGGACUUCUGGGACGGCUCCUGCCGUGCUCCUUGAAGGGCUGCCUCCCACCGCCACACUGGACAGUCUCAGCAGCAUUUCAGCCGGACACUGGCCCGUCCUCUGGGAACUCGGCUGUGUCCACAUUCCCUCCCCACAGCCCCGUCUCCCGUACUCAGUUGGGAGUGAUCAGGCAGUGAGGCCCCUGCUCGCCGGCCUGCACCCUGUGGAUGUCUGUCAGGGGCACUGGGAUGUUCUGGAACUCCCUGGGGAGCUGGCCUGUGGUCGGUGGCUGUCCCCCCAACUGCCCUGCCUCGCCUCAGCCUGGGAGGCCUUUGUUGUCUUCCUUCCUGUGUCCCCUGGGGGUCCUGUGGUGGCCCUACUGCCUGUCUGCAGAAAGCAGGGUGUUUCAGGCCCCCCGUCUUCCCUUCCUUGCUCUUCCGCUUGGGGGUCUUACUCCACAAGGGGAAGCCAGACCAGGGAGGCUAGAGAAGCGUGUUUGAUCCCUCCUGCCCCAAGCCUGGCAUCCUGAAUCUCCUCGCCAAGGUGUUGGACUACCAUGGGAUCCCCUGGCUGGGGACCACCCAUCCCUCUCAGCCGUUGGUGACAUGGACUGGGUUUUCCCCCCAUCUGCCCUGGAGUCUGUCCUUUGCUGGGAUAUCCCAGGUGGUUGAGUCCUGUGCCAUUCAGGGCCUCACUUUCUAGGCCCUCCAGCUGGCCAUUGUCACCAGCAGCCUCUCAUUGGCCCAGAGGGGUCAGAAAAUUCUAGCUCUCAUUUGUUCCUUUGAUGAUCACUCUUUGGCAUUCAGGCCAGGACCUAAGGGAACCCCUUGGACCCUAGGAUUUGUUUUCUGUGCUGUUUGUUAGAAGCUCUGAGGUGCCCUUGUACAGGAGGCGCUCCCAGCUGUGGUCUGGCCGGGCACGCAGUGCCCUCCCUGUCUGUACCACCAGUUUGCAUUGUGCCAUUAAAUGCAUGUCCCUAGGGGCAUGCAGUGGGCUAAAGCCCCUUCCUUCUGCUCAGGUCAUGGUCCCAGGGUCCUGGGAUGGAGCCCUGAGUUGGGCUCUGUGCUCAGCAGGGAGCCUGCUUCCCCCUCUCUCUGCCUGCCUCUCUGCCUACUUGUGAUCUCUCUCUCUGUCAAAUAAAUAAAUAAAAUCUUAAAAAAAAAA